AUGGCUAUCGACCCUGAAACAUUUAAGUUCGACACCCCACAAUUCGACCCUAGAUUCCCCAACCAAAACCAAUCCAAGAAUUGUGCCCAGGCCUACGUGGACUACCAUAAAUGUGUGGCUGUGAAAGGUGAAGACUUCGAGCCUUGUAAGAUCUUCUGGAAAACCUACACUUCUUUAUGUCCACUCGAAUGGGUUGAAAGAUGGAACGAUCAAAAGGAGGCCGGAAAAUUGCCUUUCAAGCUCGAUUAG